GCGAUUUCGCUGGUCGCCGUUCACGGCCGUCGGUCGGCGCGGGUGUAAACAAAAACAUAACCUAAAUGCCGCGUAAUUUGAAAUUAACUAUUCAAAAUUUAUUUUAUUGUAAUAUUACCCCUAUAACCUAAUCACGUUUGAUAUAUCAUUUUCAGUUUUAAUAGUAAAUACGUAUAAUAACGUAAAGUCUGAAACCGGAUUAUUUCUACACAACACGGAGCAUAAAUGUGUCGGUUACAAAAGCUUACGCUGAGUUCCUCUUACGCAUUUCUUAUAACCAAACGUAAAACGCGGCAGUGCGGUGGCGCCCGACAAUGUUUAACUUACAAAAUAUUUUUUUACGAAACAGUAAACUGUUCCUUAAAACGAGAUUGUUCAUGUACUGUUUGACGUACGCCCAUCUAAAUAUAAUGUCUGUGGUUUUAUUGAACAAGGAUUUUGCGACUUCCAAUGAUCCAGAUCUAAAAGUUUAUUUGACACUAAAGUGGAAAUUGAUUACAACAUGGUUCAAUAUUUUGACGAUACCAUACAUUCCAAUUUGCGUGUACGUCGACUGGCGCGAACUCAAAAGGAAAGCCGACCGCCCCGUGCCGCCAAACGUAGAAAAAUUGAAAAAUAUUCGAGACUUUUACUUUACAAAUCUCAUAUUGCCAGCCACAUUGUAUGCGGACGUACUAUUCUGGAACUUAUGGAACACGGACAGAAAGUUAUUGAUGCCGCUGUCAGUCGACAAGUACGUGUCGGUGUGGGAACAGCAUAGUAUGCACACCGCAUCUCUGGUCUUUGUCAUAUUCGACUUAGUACUAGUGCCGCGGCAAAGACCAAAGACAUAUAAAUGGGGUGUCAUACUUUUAUCCAUAUAUCUGACCAGCUAUAUUUUUGUAUGUCUGACGAGUUUAUUGAAAGGAGAAUACGUUUAUCCAGGGCUGAAGUCAUUUACCACAUUUAAAUUUGUCGUAUUGACCAUCCAUAUGUUUAUUGGUCACAUGUUCUACUAUACUGGACAAUGGAUUGUCAUCGACCUGCUCUGGGGUCAGAGUAAAAGUGUCAAGAAGAUAGCGUGAGGUGUCUAAACAAAAGAUGAAAAAGUCUUCAAUUGUUUAAACCGUAGAAUGUUUAUUUGAUGACGUCACUGAGUUAUUUAUUUUAGACUUUACUGUACUGUGUAAUAACAAAAAUACAUACCAAUUUAAAAUAAUUUUAAAUUCUUAAAUUUUCCUAUCGAAAUCAUAUUGCCAAAAUAAAGUAGAAAAUAUAAAAAUAACUUGGAUGUAGAAGGCGUAACGAUUUUAUAUGGUCAGAUAUUGUAAGACAAAAUAAUUUGAUUAAUCAGAAGUGUACUUUGCUUGUAAUCUGUGGAUAUUUUUAUGAUUUUAUUUCCAUUUUUUGUAUGUAAUCCAUAAUUAUUCUGACUUCUGAUUAUUCCGUGGUUUUCGGUUUAUUCGUUUUUAAUAAACUGUUCUACAGAAAUCUCUAUAGAGCUUAAAUUAGUAACUAACUGCAGAUUACAUAAUAAUAUAAUAAUUAUCAUAUGUAGGUUUCUUGAGGUAUUUUUAAUAGAAACAUUACUAUGAAGUUAAUG